AAAAAAAAAAAACACUUAAAAAAGAUACAGGACAGAACGAAUAAAAUAUGACUUCAACUGUAAUAAAAUAUGUUGGGAGGACCACUAACUUUAAGGGCAAAUCUUUAUGGGAAAUUGUUGGCAGCCUGAAAGGAUUCGGAGUCGGUAGAUACAUCGUGAGAUCGGUUUUUGAGCGCUAUCCUGAGCCCAGUUUCAUGAAAAUAGUUAAAGUUGAAACUUGUCCUGAUGAGGAACGCCGUAGAGUAAGGGUCUGGGUGGAAAAAACGUUCAGAGGGAAGAAGUUAGACAAGCUUACAGAAAUAUACAGAACAUCAUACAAACCUGAUUACAAACUCAUUCCGAAGAACGAAGAAGCUAAGUUGCUUGCUGCUUUGGAAGAAUUGAAUAAGCAGCCAGAAGUGAUUCUCCCCAAUACUAUUGAAAUGCCGCCAUUGAUGAAGAAGUUUAUUGUCAAGGACCAUGAGAAAAAGGGCCUUGAGGUUAUGAAAGAGUUCACAAUGCCACUCAGCUACAACCACACUCCGAACAGAAUUGCCAGGAUCGCCCAACCAGGCGAGAAGCCCACAGUGCAAUUCUCCAUGGGUAUCGGCCAGCCUGCCAGUCCCUCACUCUACAAGGGGGUACCUCUAAACACCCACUAGGACGAUGAGUAGAAAUGUAGAUACAUAUUUAAAUUUAUAGAUUUUAAUAAAAUGCUUAGCU